AUGUUCUGCAGUGGCAAAAGCCUACUCUGCCUUGCUUUGGCAGGGGUGCUGCUAGCUCACCUCCACAGCCAGUCAGAAGCAGCAAGCAACUUUGACUGCUGCCUUCGGUACACAAAGAGUGCCAUUCCUUCUAAAGCUAUUGUGGGUUUCACAGAACAGCUGGCUGACGAAGCUUGUGACAUUAAUGCUGUCAUCUUUUACACCAAAAAGAAACUAGCUGUGUGUGCUGAUCCAAAGCAGGCCUGGGUGAAAAGGGCCAUGCGCCUCCUCAGGUAUGGAUCACUGAAGGACAAGCAGUCUACCCAAAUGAUGGGGGAAGAAGGGUACAGAGGGUGGGCCUCAGGCCCGGAGGAAGUCUUCAGUCUAGAAAUAUCGGAUUUGGAUGAAACAGCUACAUCUUGGAACAAUGCUUGGCUCCAGAAGUUAGGCUUUUCUCCUAAGGGCAGAGCUGGGAGGUUAGGGUAUGAGGUUCUUGUUCUUGAUGAUUAUAUUUUAAAGGCUGACUCUCGGGUCCGAGAAGAAAACACGGCUUUACAAAAACUUGAAUCUCAAUGA